AUGCAACUCCACGUACAUUACGGCGACCUUAACGCUGAAAUAAACAACACGUUAAGGAAGUUUUGGGAGGUGGAAGCGCCUCCACCGGUAACGUUCCUCUCCGAAGAGGACAAAAAAUGUGAAGAACAUUUUCGGCAGACUCAUUCGCGUAAACCCGACGGCAAAUACGUAGUGCGAUUGCCGUUUAAAUCAGAGCCUCCCAUCGAUAUCGGGGCUUCGAAAGGAAUCGCGGUCGCCUCCUUUUAUAGAUUGGAGAAACGGCUCGCCAAAGACGCGGAACAAGCUACGGCUUAUCACUCCUUUCUGGAGGAAUACCUGCAGCUCGGUCAUAUGCGGGAAUUUCUUGAAACAGACCCUCCUUCUGAGCAAAAGGUCUAUUUGUCGCAUCAUCCGGUCAUCCGUCAAGACAGCAGUACGACAAAAUUGAGAGUGGUUUUUAACGCGUCGAUGCCUACGUCAAACGGGUCUACGCUAAACGAUCAUUUACUAGUUGGUCCGAAAUUGCAAGCUGACCUCGCGGUCACGAUUUUACGAUGGCGCAUGUAUCAGUUCGUGUUCGCAGCAGAUAUCGCGAAAAUGUUCCGGCAAAUCUGGAUCGAUCAUCGCGACACCGCCUACCAGCUGAUAGUUUGGCGCGUUAAACCCGAAGAUCAGCUGAAAACAUAUGAACUGCUUACCGUGACAUACGGGACGGCCCCAGCGCCCUUCCUCGCGAAUCGGGUCAUCAAACAACUCGCGCUGGAUGAGGGGACUAAUUUCCCUCUCGCGGCUCCUAUCCUGAAUGAGCACCUCUACGUUGACGACGCGCUUUUCGGGGCCGAUGAUCGAGUGUUGGCUCGUCAAACACGGCAGCAGGUAACGGAUGCCCUCAGACACGGAGGUUUCCACCUAAGAAAGUGGUCAAGCAAUUGUCCACAGUUAUGA